GUGGGUUGGUCUUGGACGCCUUCCGCCUGCCUUGCAGGGCGGCCGGCAGGUGGCGUCUUCCAGAGCUGUGCAGGCCAGGUGGACUGGAAGAGGAGGAGGUAACCAGAAACUGCCAGCGGUGUCCUUCUGCGGUCGCGCUUCCAGUCCACGCUGCCGCUGCAUCACGGGUGUCCGGAGAGGGCUCCAGCGGCAGGGCCAGCUGCGUCCCGAGCCUCGGCACUGCUGGCAUCUGCCCCGCGUCCCCGCUGCACUCAGUUCGAAGUCGGCCACCAUGGAGGCGCAGGCACAAGGUUUGUUGGAGACUGAUCCGUUACAAGGAAGAGAUGAAGACACAGUAGCCAGUGCUGACUUCUCUAGCAUGCUCUCUGAGGAGGAAAAGGAGGAAUUAAAGGCAGAAUUAGUCCAGCUGGAAGACGAAAUCAAUACGUUACGACAAGUGUUGUCCGCGAAAGAAAGGCACCUGGUUGAAAUCAAACAAAAGCUUGGCAUGAAUCUGAUGAAUGAGUUGAAACAGAACUUCAGCAAAAGCUGGCACGACAUGCAGACCACCACCGCCUACAAGAAGACACAUGAGACCCUGAGUCAGGCAGGGCAGAAGGCCACGGCAGCUUUCAGCAACGUGGGGACAGCCAUCAGCAAGAAAUUUGGAGACAUGAGGUACUCCAUUCGCCAUUCCAUAAGUAUGCCUGCCAUGAGGAAUUCUCCUACUUUCAAAUCAUUUGAGGAGAGGGUUGAGACAACUGUCACAAGCCUUAAGACGAAAGUAGGCGGGAUGAACCACAGCGGAGGCAAUUUUGAGGAGGUGCUCAGCUCCACAGCCCAUGCCAGUGCCCAGAGCUUGGCGGGGGGUUCGCUGCGGCCUGAAGAGGAGGAGCUACAGUGCUAAGUGCAGCC